GAAGAAUCUAAGAGUUACACAUAAUGAAAGUUGAUAAUUUCAUAUUUAUUUUUGCUUUAUUGGCUUUGGCUUUCUCAUUAGCCGUUGCUCCUGAUCCUGCACCUCUUAAUGACUUCUGUGUAGCACCAACUGAUCUCAAGUCUGCGGAAAUUGUGAAUGGACAAAUCUGCAAGGAUCCAGAACAAGUGAAAGCAGAUGAUUUCUUCUAUUCAGGACUGAACAAAGCAGCAGACACAAACAAUAGAAUAGGAGUAAACGCUACUCUUUUAACAGUCGAAGAAAUUAAAGGACUCAACACCUUAGGUAUAGCCAUAUCUCGAAUCGAUUUCGCACCCGGCGGUGUCAACCCUCUGCACCACCACCCUCGAUCAUCCGAGAUCUUUACCGUCUUAACCGGCAUUCUCUUUGCCGGUUUUGUCACGUCGAACCCGGAGCAUCGUCUCUUUGCAAAGAUUCUACGUCCCGGAGAUGUUUAUGUAUUUCCACAAGGGUUAAUUCAUUUUCAGGAGAAUAUUGGGAAAACACAUGCAGUUGCAAUUGCAGGUUUUAAUAGCCAAAAUCCAGGAGUUGUUACAGAAGCUAAUACAAUCUUUGGAUCAGUGCCACCAAUUAGGCCUGAGGUUCUUGCUAGGUCAUUUCAACUUAAAGAAGAAACUGUGACUUUUCUUCAAAAUCAAGAAUGGGUUAAUCCCUAAAAAUAUUUGGAAUUGUUCUAUAAACAUUUCCUGUAGUAUUCAUUUGCAAAAAACUACUUAGAAAUAAUUACUA